GCGGGCUGAUAAUGUGUCAGUUUGAAAAUAUCUUUAGAAACUUACUUAAACAGUUGUGAUUCAGUCUAAAUAUAUAUAUAUAUUUUUUAAUUUUCUAAGCUAAGAAAAGGAUGGUGUCCUUCGGUUGUGUUGCCAAGCUGCUAAGCAGCCUCGAGUGCAGAUCGAAUGUCUGGAUCAAGACAGUAAAUCCAAAUUGGUACGCGGCCCGCGAAAUCCCCAAGGUCAUACUUACCGAAAAGGUGCUCCAGGCGGCCCAGGCGACCACCUCCAAGAUCCGAGCAAUGCGUGAUAGACCCAAUACAGCGGAACCGCCCAAGAAAUUAGGUACUCCAAUGAGCCAGCCAUACUUCUGAGAUAAAAAUUGAUUUUAAAAGUCGUAAUUUAUUUGUUGAUUUGAUUAAUAUACAUUAAAAAGUACAAGUUAAAAGUCGCAGUGUGGGUAAGCGUGUUAGAAAUUUAAAAAAUACAGUGAUGUCCUGGAAGCAGUUAUCGGCUUCUGUAUUUUGCCCUCGCCCAAUGCCUGGUCACACCAUACCGUGUUUUUGGCGUUUUAAAGAUUUUUUUAAAGCCAGUUUAGCUUUUCCCGAAGUGUUGGCCACACUGUGUCGUGUCCAAUCACAAUCGCCGUCGACGGCGUGAUGAAAAAAUUCCAAUAGAAUUAGCCGAGGGCGAUUAUUAUGCCAAAUUUGCCGAAAAACCAGCAAUG